AUGGAGCUCGCCUGCCCUGGCUUCACCGCAGUUAAUGUGGGCUCCAACUUUGAACAUCCCGAAGACGUACAUGAAUAUUUCUCCCUCCAAGCGCCACCCAAUACCAGCAUAUGGCGGAAACCCGCCGCGUCAGAUGAUACCAGCGCUCCCAUGGUGUUGAAGCGCCUUCAGCAAGCUUUUAUCCUCGCCGAAGUCACCGUCUCAGCAGAUUUUGCCAUGGAAUAUGAUCAAGCAGGCCUUGUCAUUUUUGCGGGCUCCCUUCCCGCCCCGUCGUUACCACGGUCGCCACCCACGAUUCGGAGAAGCCCUCGAUACUCGAGGCCGGGAACGGAGACCCUAGCCACAGGGAAAUGGGCCAAAGCAGGGCUUGAGUUUUCGGGGGGAGAACUUCAUGCUACCUCUGUAGUAGCCAUUUCACCAUGCGGCGCUGACUGGUCAUCUUCGGCUCGAAUGCCUUCACCGUCAUCGACCUUUGAUCCUUAUUCACUGACAUCACAAUCUCUGCGCCUCAAGUUCGAACGUGUGGAUGAAUCCCUGUGGAUUUGGUAUCAGAUUCCCCACCUGAAUUCUCCGCCGCUAGAUUAUUAUCAAACGUCCGCCUAUGAUCCUGAAUGGCGAAGUCCAGAGGACGUUGGAUCCGGGUGGAAAAAGAUGCGCGAGAUUAUGGGUUUCUUCGGAGGUGCUGAGCAAAAAGGCAAUGUGUGGGUCGGAUGUUAUGCUAGUCGGCCGAUGGAUUUCGAACCGAGUAAUAGUUGGGAGGAGGUUGAUGGGUUAGUGGCCGAAUUUGAGGAUCUGGAAAUAUUAUGA